UUGGACAAAAUCUAUGAAAAGAAAUUAAAACGAGGUGUGCUUCUCAAUGAAAAAUUGCAAAAUUUUGCAAAUAAAACAAAUUUAACUAACAAUAAAAAGUGUCAACUGAAAAUUUUCUUUAAAAUUCAUAAAAAUUUUAAUAAAAUUCAUACGCAAUAGUCAAAGAGAAAAGAAAUAAUAAUUGUGAAAAAAGCACGCGUCUUAAUGACGUCGUUUUCGUCUGCAGUGUAAAAAAAAUGAUAUAGAAAAAAAUGAGAAGUGAAAUUCCGUAAAAGUGAUGUAAAAAAUAUGCAAUUGUUGUAAAUGAUAAAAAAAAAUAUUUUUACUAAAUAAAAGAGUGAAUUAAAAAAAUAGUUAAUCAAUAUGAAUCCCUCUGUACCCAAUUCCGUUUCUGAUGUAUCCUCAAUUGAGGUGCACAGUGGUGGGUCAGUGGCCUCCACCUCAACGUCAUCUACUGGCGCUGUUCCAUCUAAAGAGGCUGGAUUAUGUCCCUCAGUAGCAAACAGUCCAGCCAGUCAAAAUAAAUAUUUGUCUCCAACAACAACUGUCCCUACCAAGCUUAUGGUACACCAAGAUUCAUCUAUUGAACCUGGACUAAAGCAAAAAGAGGCUUUUAGUCCUGUCAGUAGUAGCAACGCUCUGACUCUACCAACAAAUGUCCAUAACAAGCGUAUAAUACGCAAAAUAACACAUAUAGAUCCGAAAAAAUUACAACAGGCCGGUUUAGAUCGUAAAAUUGCAGAAGCAUUGAGCAAAAAUAAGUCUCUACAGGCUUCUUCCAGUAAACUAUCAAAUCGUCCAUCAAAUGUUCGACCAACACCAUCUUCUACAGUUUUAUCUCCGGCAGCAACAAAUGUAUCUAGUAUGUGUUCACCAAAGCCUACAAGGCCUACAAAUGAUCAAACAACAACACCACCAGCUAAAACACUUUUAACAACUAAAACUAUAAUACCACCAAAAAUAACCAUAACGGCACCGGAAGCAUCGCCCGAAAUUGAAACACCAGAUAUGACUGGUUUGAAUUCCCAACAACGUUUAGUGCAUGUUAAAAAUUUAUUAAACAAAAAGUUAUUACAAAAGAAACACACGGUUAAUUGUGAUAAUGUAAGAUCUUUUCAACAUUUAAAGCCACCCUCACCAUUAACUGGCAGUCCCAUAGCCAGCAGUUGUGCAACCAGCAACAGUCCCUUAUCUAGAACUGUACAAGUUAGAAAUCCAAUAAAAAUGUCCACAGAAGAAUUAACAGGACAAAAAGAAACACCUCCCAGACCUCCGCAGACUUAUUGUAAUUUAAAAGAAACUGAAAUUACUACGCCUCCCUUAAAGGUGAUUAAAACAAAAACUCCUCAAAAAUCACCCCAGGAUAUUGCUCGAAAGCUAGAUUUCCAAACGGAAGCUGUACAAAAACUGCCACUGAGAACUUAUAGUAAGUGUUUAAACAAGGAUCUUAAUGAGAUACCAAAAGCUGUAAUAAAGACGGCCAAUAGUCAACAGCAGACUUCCAACAAUUCGCCGGCUACAAUGCCUCUAAGUGCACAGCCUUGUAAACAGAAUAAAGAGUUUUCGGAAGUAAACUUCACAAAGGCGAAUGCUUCUCUAGAUUAUCAAAUUGAAUGUUUAAAACAUCAAACAAAUAAUGAUAACAUCAAGAUACCCAAAGCAGCCAUAAAGGCGGGCAAUAAUCCGCAGCAGUCUAAAAAUAUAGAGUCUAACUUAACCCAAAAUAUUAGGCUUUUAGAACACAACAGUGAACAUAGGCAAGAUUUUCAAAAUGCAAUGCCUUUAAAAGUUCCCCAAGCAGCAAAUCACGUGUCAUCAGAUUUUCAAAAUAAAAAUAAUAACAACCAGAUACCAAAAGCAGUAAUAAAGACGGGCAAUACACAACAACAGUCUAAUAGUCUAGAGUCUUACUCACCACAUAACUUUAGAUUUUUGCAACACACUGAGCAAAAUUUUGUUUCAACUGAGGCACCCUACACGGCUUCUCAUGUGCCUCCGAACACCUACCACAUGCCAAAAGCCUCAAUUAAAACUGGCUAUAUUCAACAGCUAACGAAUACGCCACCUAGUUUUAGAUCUUUCCAGCACAGUGAACAUAAUGUGUCACACGACACUAACCAGAUACCAAAAGCCUCAAUAAAAUCGGGCUAUGGACAACAGCAACCAAACAUACCACAACAUUUUAGUCAAAAUUUCCAGCCCUAUGAACAAAGACCAGAUGUUACUGAUGUAAUACCUCUAAAGGUAUAUGCGGCUUCGAAUAUCUCACAAGAUUUUCAAACUGAAUAUUUGAAACAACAGAAAAUACGUUACCCUAAGGCAAAAACUACAGACUAUCACGAAAUACCCAAGGCAGCCAUAAAGUCUGGACAUAAUCAACAGCAAUACUGUAAUACAAACUACAGUUAUAAACAAAAAAUAGACUUUCCAGAAGUUUCACCACUUAAAAUGUCCUUUCCAACGGUCAAUGUACCCAAAGAAACACCUUUGCCUACUAUAGACUCCUUUAAAAAGCCCUAUCCCAUGGUCAAUGCUGUCUACUAUAAUCUGCCGCCUCAAUCACAUGGCCACCACACUCAAAUGCACUCAAAUUAUGAGACACUUUACACACAACCAGUUACAUCACUUGUUAAUAAUAACGCCCCCUUAGAAACUUUCCAUGAAGCCGCCGUUGCUAACUCAACGACUUCAAAUUGUUUAAUUGUUUUGGAGAACAAGGUUUUGUCACAAGAUGAAAUGAUAGAUUUAACCGAACUACGUUUGUCUUCAACAAAUACACCACGUUUUGUUUAUCCUCAUAAACCCAUACCGGAAGUGGUAAUAAAACAGGAAAAGUCAGAUGAAUAUGCUGCAGCCAAUACUCCUUCUCCUCCCAACAUGGAGCAAACAUCCCCAGUGGACGAAACUAGAGAAAUAAUAAUGCCAAACAAGGAGACAACUUGCGAAAAGGUGGUUAUUUCUAACAAACAGAAUAAGAAAAUUAUAAUCAAUGCCCAAAAACUUAAAUUACCACCACAACAAUUGGCCGACUUGGCUAAGAAGAUCAAGGAAAGAACUGCAUUGGCCACAACAAAUCAAGAAAAUAAAUCUGGUGAUAUACGUAUUCUUAAUACAAAGGCGGCAAGUAGAAAGAUCAUUUCACCUCUUGCUGCAAAACAUACAGCCUACAUUUUGCCGCAUAAUAAUGAUAUUAAUAACAAAGAACUACCAGUUAUUGCCAGCCCUACGGCCAAAUAUUUUAUACACAAUAAGCCCGUGUAUAUGGAUGCCAAUAAACAAGAUCAUAACUAUCAAUUAAAUCAGCCGCAGACAGAAUUUAGAGGCAUCAUUAAUCCAAAAAAUUACACUAUCAAACCAACUAGCAACAAUUUUCAGACACUAAACCGGAGUUUAGCCGAGAACCCUGAAAAACAUCUUAACACAUCUGCUGAUCUCAGUAUGUUAAGAGUUAAAGAAGAACCCAACGCUAAAUCGCAGCCAAACUUGUCCGAACAUACCAAUGCAGAUAACUCUUUUAUGGACAGCUCAUAUUCAGAGUUUCGCAAAUCUGCUGUGGAAAUUAUCGAUGAGCCGGAGGAUGACGAGGAUUGUUUUUCUGCUGUGGACUUUAUAACCGCCCUUAACAAUACCAAUCCCAUAACUGAAGAGACUAGCCUAGAAUUAUCACCCGAAGAGCUUAAUUUAAAUGCUUCCUGCGCCAUGAAUCUAUCACCUUUGCGUAUACAAUCCUAUCCGCCACGCCUUAGAACAACAUCCACAUCUGCAUUUAAACCCUAUACGCCCAAGCACCACGACAACAGUUUAGAACCGGAGCCAAUGAGCACUAUUGUUAUUGAAAGUUCCAAGGGUCCGGAGACUAUAAUAACCAACGAGAGUCCCAACAAGUAUGGCACAUUGCAAAAAGUUAAAAUGCUUAGUAAUUUGGGCAUGUGCGAUAUGGAUAUUGAGACUCCUAUAGAAACUGUUCAGACAGCAGGCCAUAUUAAACAAAAACUUGUUUUGGAGCCUCUCAAAGAACCCAAAAAUAUAGAUUUAACAAAUGUUAUAGUGGCAAGUGAUCCCGAGAAAAUCAAACAAAUAAUUUCUCAGGUUAAUGCUGGUAAUGAAGCGAAAAAUAACAAUAACUCUCCAAGGAAAUGUGUGGACAGCAAUACUUUAAAAUCUAGUGGUGAUAGCGAUAAAAUAAAACCAACAAUUUCUCAGGUUAAUACAGAGAAUGAAGCGAAAAGUAACAAUAAAUCUCCAAGGAAAUGUGUGGACAGCAAUACUUUAAAAUCUGGUGGUGAUAGCGAUAAAAUAAAACCUAUAAUUUCUCAGGUUAAUAAAGGACAUGAAGCGAAAAAUAAUACUAACUCUCCACGUAAAGAUGGUAACUACAAUGCUACGGUAACAAAAAUCCCGGAGACUCUUGUAAAUACCACAAAAGAAUUUGAUACUGCAACCACUUCUAAAGAAGUGGAAAAACCACCACUUACUACGGAAACUGUCAUAGCUGUUGGCCAACUGCAAAACAAACCAGUUGCUUGCAAAUCUACUAGUGAGAAUAUCAUAGAACAAACCCAAACUAAAGACUCAAAAGCCUCUAAAUUACCAACAAAUCCUUCGGAACAUUCUCUAACUAAAGAACAUAUUAAGUCACCAGAAAAACCAGCCAGUUUAAAAUCAAUACUAAAAUCAGCCACAACAGGUGAUGAGCAAAAUCGUGAUAAGUGUGAAACAGCAAAACCUUUAGAAGUUGAGAUGCCAACAAACACAACUAGCUUAGCCAAAUCAUCUAAUGAGGCAGCCAAGACAAGUGAAAACUCUUCAGCCAACCCGGUAACUUCAAAACGUAUUUCCAGAUUUAAGAAGGGUAAAAUCAAUUUAGUACAACGUAAUAAAGCGGGAGCAUCCGGUCCAAAUAAGCCUAAAAUUGCGGAAAAGAAAACUGAAAUCAAUAAUGAAACCCUUAAGGAACCAGCUAAAAAUGAGAAGGCAGCUAAAGAAAUUAUAGAUGAAACGUCUAUAGAAGAGAAUAAAAUGCAUGAAUUAAAACAAAAUAGUGACAAUAUACCAAAAGCAGCCAUAAAAAUUGGUCAAACUCCUGCUAAAUCGCCUGCUAAAACUAGAAAACUUGAAAAAGCUGAGGAGAUAAUAGAAUUUGGGAAAUCAAAUCAAGACUUUAACAUCAUGCACUCCAAAGAUUUGGAAUUAAAUACAAUAAUUACACCAAUUACUAGUUCAUUGUAUGAUUCCAAUGAAAACACAGAUAAAUCGGAGAAUAAUGGGACUAAAGCGGCACCAACAGAAGCUGAUACUAGAAAACAGGAUAAUGAGCACGAUUUAAAUGAAACUGUACAGGAAGCAACUAAAGAUAAUACUACAGAAAUGUCUGCUAAAUCGGAAGCAACAGAGGCUAAUACUGGAAAACAGGGUAUUGAGCACGAUUUAGAUAAAACUAUAAAAGACGUAAGUAAAGAAACUAUUACAGCAAAAACCUCCGCUAAAAGCCCAGAAAAAGCUUACAUUAAGCCUUUAAUUGUGGAUGACAAUGAGAUACCAAAGGCAGCUAUAAAAACUGGACAUAGUCCACAGAAACCUACCAAAUCACCACAAAUAAUGGAUUUAACCGUAGUAACGCCUGAGAAACCUCAAGAAACUACCACUAAGCUGUCUUCAAAUCAAAAUCAGAACAUUAAAAGUCCAGAAAACAUACCACAACCUAGUGAAAUCUCUGAAGUUUCAAUAUCUCCUUCAAAUAUGAAGAACACAAAAACUCCAACUCCACAAAAACCAAACCAUGAUAUUAAUAGAAAACUGGAUUUUGAAAUUGAACUGGAGACAAGAGUUGAACAACAUCAUAAAUCGAAUGAAUCUAAAUUGAUACCAGAGACACCAGAGGCAUCAAGUGAAACGGAGCAAAGUCCACAACAAAGCUUAACCAAAACACCUGAAAAAUCCACAGACCUUCAGAAAACUGAAACUGAAAUAGAUUUUAGUAAAACAACACCUACCAAGGAUUUACCAGAGACGCCAGAAAAUUCCUAUUCAAGUGCAAUACCAAUUGAUGUAAAUCACGCCCCACAAAGUCCACAAAACUUAACCGAAACAAAUGCCAUACAAGACAAUAUUGAAAAUAUUUCCUAUGCAAAUCUAACACCACAAUUAGAGUCAACGAAAAUUUCAAAAAACGAGGAUUUAAAUCACGUUUCUAAAGCCAUAUUGAAAAAUAUGCGAAAUGCCAAAGUGUCUCUUAUAGAUAUAGUAAAACAUUCCCCCCAGAAAACAACAGAAACAUCACCUGUGAUUCCCUUUAAAAAGAAAACACAAGAAACAGAAAAAAAAGAUAAAACUCCCGAAAUUAAGGGCAUUAAAACUUUAUUAAAACAAUUAAAAAGCAACAAGAAAGAACAGGAAGAUCAACCAGCAGAAGAAAAUAGCCAGAAUACUUUCAAAGAUGUUGAAGAACCGGAGACUAGAAGAAGUUUACCAAACUUGAGUGAUAUAAACCAGUUACCUAAAAUUAUAGCAAACAAAAGAUCCAAACGAUUAAGUUUAGGGGACACAUCCACCCUUCCGACAGCUUUAAAACUUACCAGCAUCACCAGCACAAGAAAAAAACAUUCCACCAGGCCUCUUAUAAGUGAUGAUGAUUUGGAAUUUUUACCCGUAAAUGCAGAGGUUAAAUUUAAGCUUACAAAAACCAAGCAAAACGAAAAGGAAACCACACCCACAUCCUGUAAUUCCAGCACCAACCGAAGAACACGUCUAUAUUCCAAACCUUUGGAAAUGGAAUUGUCCAAACAUUCCUCACCUUUGACCAAAAGAACUCGUUAUUAUUCGCAGACUUUGGAAACAAAUGUUACAAUUAGAUUUGAUGCCUUAAAGUCUGACACCUCACCAAAUGGGCCUAGUCCUUUAAAUCUCAAGCAUUUAAAACCCUUGGACACGGAAGACUCCUGUCACGAUAGUACACAAGAUUCCAACAAACUAAUACCCACCAAACAACGCAAGAAAUUGCGUAAAACUUUAGAAGACAUAAAAAAGUCGCAAAAAUCUCACACCGAUUCAGACUCUGAGGACGAAAAUCGUGACUAUGAUGACUGCUGUCCGAAAGAUUGUGAGGAAGGCAACGAAUUUUUGGGCUUUGAAGAGAAUGCAGACUCCUCCAGUUUUAAGGCUUCCCAAAAUGUUAAUAAUCAUAAUGAUGAAAACAAUAAAAUGGGAAAAACCAAAGGUGGUACCUUGAAAAACUGGUUGACUACUGGUAAGGCCAUAGCGCCAACGUUGGAGCAAGAGGAACUAACGCAACGAAUGCGGCAUGCUGACGAAAUACCCGCAACAUCACCUGUAAAACAUAGUGGUAGUGGUGGAAUGAAACCCUUUAAAAAGCGUUGGGAUUUGUCUAACAGCCGCAAUGAAGAGACUGAUAUUACUGAUGAUACUUCACCGGCGGAUGAUGAAGAGGAGAGUGCAGCUGAACAAAUACCAACUACAAAAAAAUCCAAACGUGGCAUUAAAAAUGUGAUCGAUAGCAAUAAGGAACAAUUAGAUAGUAAGAAAAUAAAAUUAGACGAAUCAUUAGAGAAAACCAUAGAACACAGUUUUAUAAAACCUCGACAUUUACGUACAAUAUCGAAAAAUUCUGGUACCGAUUCUGAAACACAUGAAGAGAAACCAAUGAAAGGUCAAAAACCCCGGCAUAGGAUAACAAAUUUACAAGAAAACUUGCUCAUAAGUACAAAAUCAAAGGAAGAGGCUGACAAACCUAAGGAAACAGUGAAUGAAAAUUCUGCUACUGACUCUGAUUGUCACAAGGGAAAGGCUAGACGAAUGAAGAAAGCCGCAACAUCUGGUACUGAUUCCGAUUGUCAUGAAGAAACAAGGCAAGCAAACUCAAAAGCUAAGUCAACCAAUAAAGAUGAUAAUAUAGAAAAACAUUCCGAGAAUUCUGGUAUCGACAACGAUUGUCAUGAUAGAACAGAAUUGGGACAAGAAAAAACCAAACAAAAGCUGGGAAAUGCCGAGAAAAUUAAAGAUCUUGAGAAGGUUGCAGAUAAUGCUAAAAAAUCUGGCCACGACUCAGAUAGCUUGGAAGCAAGAGAAUCGAAACGUCUAAAAACUAAAAAUAGGAACAAAGACCUAGAUAAAAGUCUGAAAUCCCACAAUACUGACUCCGAUUGUACUGAUAGAACAGAAUCAAAACAAAAUCGAGACCACAAACUAGAGGUAGCUGUAACAUCUAAAAAUUCGGGCCAUGACUCUGAUACACAUGAAGUAAAAGGAUCGAAACGUUUAAAAUCUAAAUUUAAGGAAGAAGAUGUCGACAAAAGUUUAGAUACAAGCCUAAAAUCCCAUAAUGCUGAAUGUGAUAGUCAUAAAGGCAAAAGGUCAAGGCGUUUAAAAUCUAAGCACAUGACAGAUGAUGAUAUUGCAAAAAGCUUGGACAUUUCUGAAAAGCAUAAUAAGUCCGAAAAUUCCAAGAAUAAAGAUAAAAAAGAAAAUUCUUGUGAAAAGUCGAGGAAAACAUCAUCCAAGGAACAUGACUUGGAAACUAAAAAUGCUGAACUUCAAACAAUAAAACAACAUGACACUACUACAGACAAUUCUCCAAGGGAUAAUGAAAACUCUGCAACUCUGAAAACACCUCAAAAUAAAACAGCUAAGAAGAAAAGGGGAAGACCUGUAGUAAAGACUGAACAAAUAGCCAAGACUCCCACGAUUAAGGACAAUUUAAAUGACACCGCAACAUCUUCUUUAGUUAGGUCCCGGAAAAGAGCAUUAAGUACGGAUUCAUCUGAUGAUGAGGGUCCCUUAGUAAUUAUCAAAAAACGCUCUUCGAAAAGCCAGCCAAAAAGAAAACUUAAAAUUGAGGAUUCUGACAGUGAUUCUACAUCUACUCCAUUAAAGAAAACCAAUGAAAAUGAAACUAUGACUGAUGAUUUAACACCUAUAGCAACUUCACGUUUGGCAUUGUUGAAGAGUGAAACUCCAACGCUAACGCCUGGCAGAAAACGUAAAUACAACAUUACAGAAACCAACUUUAAUCCUCGCCUAUUGCUAAUAACAAAAAGAGAACAACUUGAAACUAAAGAAGCACUUACCGAAACUAAGCCUGGAAACGGGUCAAUACAAUGUGGCCUUUGUUUGGGUCGCACUACAAAAUGGAUUGCACAUUUAGCGGAACAUUAUGGUGUAGGCUGGCAAAUGGGACAAGUGAAAUUGAAUGUGGAAAACCGAUCUGUGGUUUUAAAUUGUAUUCUUAAUUAUAUGAAGAGUACGGGCUCAAAAGGGCUGUCUUGUCGCAUGUGUAAAAAAGAAUAUCGCUCUGGCUUGGGUAUAUUAACGCACAUCGAGACAUGUGGUGCCCAAGUAGCGCGUGUUAUAUGUGAGUAUUGUAAAAGAGAUUAUGCUCCAUCCACCCUGCCAAUUCACAUACGCACUUGUUAUGCCAAGACCGCUCUUGAAAAUCAAUCAGUCGAACAUAAACUAGAAGAAGUCGUGGAGAAACAGGAAGAAGUUUUUGGUAACACAGGACGCUUAAAGCGUAACUCCACCAUAAAAGCUGAAAGUAAAUUAAAAGUUUUGGGAGCAGAAUUGGAAAAAGUGCCAGACAGUACGAAAAAUGAAAAAGCGGCUAUUGAUCCUAAAUCACGAAUUCGGUAUGUGCCACCAAUGGAGGCAGAUGCUAAAUACUCUGAAGAUAUUCAAAAGUUUGGCAAGGCUGUUUGCCCUAAAAAACUUUGUAAAUUUAGCAGCAACGAUUUAAAAGAAUUUUCCGAGCAUUUAAAAAAUUGCAAAUAUAUAAAAACGGGCUAUUUUUGUAACUUUUGUCGCCAGCGAGUAUUUGCAACCGAAAAAGAAGCCAUAGAUCAUGUGAUUAAAAAUCACAAUGGUGGACGAAGAGCCCGCAAGAAAUCUGAGGAUUCCGAUUGUAAUUUGAAGACCGAUGAUGAACAAUCAUCAGAUGAUAACUAUUUAUCCGAGGGGGUGGAUGAAAAUGAAGAAGAUGAUGUUGUCAGCGAGGAGGAGGAUGAUUUUGAGGAGGCCUGUGAUAAUAGUAGAAAAGGCAGCAAAAAACAAAGUAAAAAACCCUAUAGUAGAAAUGUAAAUCAUGCACCUAGUCAAGCAAGUCGUAAAGAAGUGUUUGAUGGCCGCUUCAGUGAUCUCAAUAAGGAGGUGUUAAAAAAAUGGAAGAGUUUCUUAAAACUUAACUAUACAAGUGAACCGCUCUAUGCCGAAUUUCCAGCACAGUAUUCAGUGUUAAAUCAACAAGACUUUAACAAAUAUUUACCAAAGCAAACUGUUUCCAUGAAAUUUAAUAUGAAAACAAAACCAGCCUUAACUGGCUCUAUGGGCCAGCCAGAAGAAAAUAUUGAAUGGUGAGUUAAGUCUGAGUUAAAAAGAUAUGAAAGUAUUCACAAUAAAAUGAACACUUAUUUCUUUUUGGGGGCUCCUGUAAAACUAUGCAGUUGGCUACCUUUACCCGCCCAUGUACACGAACAAUAUCUGGCGGUAGUAUAUCGUCAAGAUAUGUUUAAAUUUAUUAAAUUUGCCCAACCUACACAACAUCACACCAUUAUUUUAAUAAUCAAAGUAACACAAAACAAUCAAACUCCUAAGCUUGAUAUCCAGUACGGUUUCGUUGUGCCCGAUGGUCCAGUACAUCAUGUAACCUUUUUACCAAGUGGAGGUUAUGAUGAAUCCUCUAAUCGUUUGGGAUUAGUGGCUGUAGCCACGGUUACCUCAACCAUAAAGGUGUAUAGUUUACCUCUCAAUAUAGAGAACCCAACAACACCUGAAGCCAGCAAUAAUAAUGAUCAUAUUACAUUGAUUGAAGUAAAACCUAGUUUUCUUUUAAAUUUGGAUAUAUUGGAACAACCACAGCAAGUGCUUUACAAUGCACAAUGUUUGCAAAUAUGUUGGUCAGAGUUUUCUGGACAUCAACAUAUCUUUGCUAGUUUUUCCAAUGGUUUUAUGGGUAUAUGGGACAUAAACAACGAUCCUCAAGAGAAUCUUAAUCGUUUUGUGGUCGAUGAUUUGCCAAAUUAUGCUCCUCUAAAUUAUUUUUAUAUAGGAGAAAAGCGGGUGAAAUGUUUUGCCUUACAUUAUGAUACUAGUGGUCCUAGAUGGUUAGCUGCUUCGGGUGCUUAUCGUAAAUUUGUUAUCUAUGACAUAAAGAGUUUUAUGCAACCCAUUGUCAUGAAAGAGGAGGUUAAUAAGAAUAUAUUGCUGUCCAUGGAUUGGUGUCCGCUGUGGGAAACUUUAUUGUACAGUUACUGUGAUUCGAUUCCUAAUAAUGGUCGCUGUGUGAUGACUGUUAAUCCCACCAACAUAAUGUUUCCACAAAAUAAACUAGAUUUUAUGCUUUGUGGCGUUACCCAAGUUCACUACACCCCGGUGGCAAAUAUGUGUGUAUCGGCUUUGGAUAAUGGUGAUGUAGUAUUUCUCGAUACCAAAGAGUUGCACUAUGAAUGUCCUCUCAGCAAAAAAUUCGGCGAAAGGCGUAUGCUGUAUGCCAUGGAUGUCAAGCAGCUAAAUGGUAAACCUUUGGCAACAUUGCCAAAGGGUAAUGAUAAAAAUGCCAACACAAAUGCUCCCAGCGAAUGGUCAAUGCAAGAUGCUGAAUACAAAGAAAAGUAUGGCUUAAUCUUUCAACCACUUUUAAAGCUUAAGGAAGAGUACAAAGGACCCUACUUAAGUGAGCAGAGAUGUCCGCCUUCUAAUGUUAUUCCCCUAAUGCGCAUUAACACAUUACGCUGUAAUUUAAAUCUAAAUGCUAAAAACUUAAUAGCCCUGGGCUAUGAAAAUGGUUUCUUACGUCUAGUGUAUUUUAACAAGGAUAAUUUAUAAAACUUUUUAAUAUAGUAAAUGUAAAUAAUGUAGACUAAGAGCUUUACUAACCAACGAAAUGGAAAAACUUUAAUAAUUUCUUUUUAAAAAUUUCAUUAUUUUUAUUAUUUUUUACUUAGAAUAUUGAAUAAAAACAAAUGUUAAAUUUGUUUGAUUUAUAAUUUUCGAAAGUUUUGAAAAAAAAAACUAAUGUGGACUAGUACGAGAGCACUGCAUGUGUGCAUUCAGUUUUCGAAUAUGUUUAUUUUGGAAAUUGGUAGUACAAUAACUUUUGAAUUAUUACAUGUCUUUAAUAUUGUUAAAAUGUUAGCAGGUUUGGUUAGGUUUCGAUAUAAAAACAGGUCGAUUUUGAGCGGACUCUAAUAUAAUCAUAAAAAUGUAUAAAGUUGUGUAAGAAUUUAUUUUCACUGAUCCCUUUUCUUACAAAUAUCAUAAUUUUUUUUAAUUUAUUUUACAAACUUCCAUUACCCACAUUUUUAUAAAAUAACAGUUAUAAAACUUAACUUUUUUUAAAACAUUUAUAAAAUCAAUUUUCAAGUCUUUAAGGAUGAUUUUAAAACGACGUUUAUGACUGUUUUUUAUUUCUUUAUAAACAAAUUGGUUACAAAAUUUAAAAUUUCAACACUUUUUGUCACUAAUA